GAGCUCGUCUCCAAUCCUGAGUUCAUCCUGGGCGGAGCCACCAGGACGGACAUCUGCCAGGGAGCUCUGGGUGACUGCUGGCUGUUGGCGGCCAUCGCCUCCCUGACCCUGAACGAAUACGUGAUGGCCAGGGUUGUUCCCACCGACCAGGGCUUUGGGGACGAUUACGCCGGCAUCUUCCACUUCCAGUUCUGGCAGUACGGGGAGUGGGUGGACGUGGUGAUCGAUGAUCGUCUGCCCGUCAAAGAUGGAGAGCUGAUGUUCGUCCACUCGGCCGAGGGGAGGGAGUUCUGGAGCGCCCUGCUGGAGAAGGCCUACGCCAAAAUGAACGGCUGCUACGAGGCCCUGUCCGGAGGCUCGACCACCGAGGGCUUCGAGGAUUUCACGGGAGGCAUCGCUGAGAACUACGACCUUCAACGACCUCCGUCCAACCUGUUCCAGAUCAUCAAGAAGUCCCUGGAGGCUGGAGCGCUGCUGGGCUGCUCCAUCGACAUAACCAGCGCCGCAGACUCCGAGGCCGUCACUCGCCAGAAGCUGGUGAAAGGCCACGCCUACUCACUGACCGGCGCCGUCGAGGUGAACUACCGCGGUCGGCAGGAGAAACUGGUGAGGAUGAGGAACCCCUGGGGUCAGGUGGAGUGGACCGGAGCCUGGAGCGACGGAUCAUCCGAGUGGGACUCUGUCCAGGGAGACUGUCCGAACGCUAACGCUGAGGACGGAGAGUUCUGGAUGUCCUACAGUGACUUCCUGCGUAACUACUCUCGUAUCGAGGUCUGCACCCUGACCCCCGACACCAUCGAGGACGACUCCGUCAAACACUGGAGCGUCAGCAAGUUCGACGGCACCUGGAGGAGAGGAUCCACCGCUGGAGGCUGCAGGAACAACCCCUACACAUUCUGGACCAAUCCACAGUUUGUGAUCAAGCUGGAGGAGGAGGAUGAUGACCCAGAGGAUGGUGAGGUGGGCUGCAGCUUCGUAGUCGGUCUGAUCCAGAAGAACCGCAGGAAGCUGCGCAAACAAGGAGAGGACAUGCACACCAUCGGGUUCGCCAUCUACGAGGUUCCCCAACAGUUCCACGGGCAGCGUGAGGUGCAUCUGGACAAGAACUUCUUCUUGAGCCACGCUCAGACGGCCAAAUCAGAAACCUUCAUCAACCUGCGUGAGGUCACCUCUCGCUUCAAAAUGCCUCCAGGAGAAUAUCUGAUCGUCCCGUCCACGUUCGAGGCUCAUCUCAACGGAGACUUCUGCAUCCGGGUGUUCUCCGAGAAGCAGUCAGAGACCCAACCCUGUGAUGAUCCAGUUGAAGCUGAGCUUGAAGACGAGACGGUGUCCGAUGAGGAGGUGGACGCAGGAUUUCGAGGCCUCUUCUCUAAACUCGCUGGAGAUGACAUGGAGAUUUCUGCAGUGGAGCUGAAGACCAUCAUGAACAAGAUCGUCUGCAAACGAACUGACAUCAAGACGGACGGCUUCAGUAUGGAGACGUGCAGGGUGAUGGUCAACCUGAUGGACCAGGACAGCGGGAACGGGAAGCUCGGCCUCGGAGAGUUCGCCACACUGUGGAAGAAGGUCCAGAGAUACCUGUCCAUUUACAAGAAGAACGACUCUGACAACUCUGGGACAAUGAGCACUCCGGAGAUGAGAGUCGCCUUCAAGGACGCAGGUUUCUCCCUCAACAACACUAUCUACCAGCAGCUGGUGGCUCGAUACUCCGACCCCGACAUGACCAUCGACUUCGACAACUUUGUGGGAUGUCUGAUGAGGCUGGAGAUGAUGUUCAAAAUCUUCAAGAAGCUCGAUGCCACCAACAGCGGCUCCAUCGAGCUGGACUUCAACCAGUGGAUAAACUUCGCCAUGAUCUGAGCCGUGACUUCCUGUUCGCCCAGAGUCCCAGUGUUAACGCAGCACGCCAUCUUCCUGUUCACAGACGCCACUUCACUCCCAAUCCUCAUGUUUUAUAUAGUGCUUGUGUUUACUUAUCUCUACACAACCUGACUCACAGCCGCUGUCAAGUCAAUACAUAUAUUCACAAAAACCUGUUGUUUCUGAAAUUAAACAUUUGGAUGAAAUCAA